GUCAACGACCCUCAAGGUUCAGUUAGUCAAGGCGGCGGCUGAAAAUACCACUGUGUGUGCCAGUUUGAGAAUUGGUACGGUGGACCUUCGUAACACAGCGCUGGAUAGUGUGGUAUCUGUAUCUGUUCACUUGUAGCUGGUCUUCCUAUGUCCGUUCCUAGUCAUCGUCACUUGAUGGAGAGAGAGUUUGGUACUAGAGCUGCCCAUCAACCCGCAGGUGUUAUUGAGGCCGAAGACGAUGACAGUUCGCCAUCCCUUGUUUCAUCUGUGAUCCCACGUCACAAUAAUAUGCCUGGCCGCUACCCCUACCAAACACUCACUGCUGCCACCCCAUCUCACCCAUACCCAGCGUUCUAUCCAGCGCACACCAGCUACAGCGGAUAUGUUUACGUAGCGACGGCGGGGAUGAGUCCUGGUCAAGUUCCGGCUCCAACCAGCUCAUCCUCUGGUCCUCCGGUGUCCGCAUCAAGCGCACGGCAUCAUGUUCAACACCAGUCGCGGGUCGGACAGCAACAGUCAUCUCAAAACUAUACCACUACAACCUCCCGGUCUCAAUCAACUUCUUCUAGCAACAUGUUUCAUAUUCCGGCGUCUCGUAUGGCUUUGCGCCGAGGGAACUUUACGUCUUCUAUGGGUGCCAAUGACGGCAUGACCAACACCAGUACGACCACACGAGGAACGUGGUCACGACAAUCUUCCGAGGGAUCUUUGAAUGAUAAUAUACGACCUCAAUUUAGAAGCAAAGUUGUUUGCGAAUUAACUUGCAGGCAUUGUACGGCAGUUGUGUGCAGACGAGGAAUGAAGGCUAUUUUGUUAGCUGAUAUGAAUAUUGAGUUAUUUUCGACGGAUGUACCACCUAAUGGUGUUCAAUUAGUGAAUGAUGACUAUCAGACGCGAAACUGUUUCUGUCGUAUUCGAGAUGUGGCAUGUUUGGGCUGUGGAAACGUUAUCGGAUACCAUGUCACGCAGCCUUGCGAACCCUGCAUGGAAGCUUGCAACAACGGGCAUUUCUGGAUGUUUCACAUAUCUGAGGUCGCCUACGCUGAUCGGUUGGAUUCUGCAGGAACACGGGCUCUUCUUUGGGCCCACCUCCCACGAGCGGACAAGGACAUGGAGUUUGCCGACAUUUAUGAUAAAAUGUGCCGUUAGAUAUCUUUAUUUGAUGGUAGUUGUAGGCAGUGUCACGCUCAGUAGGAUAGACUCGGUAGUUUAUCGACACUCUGGUUUUGUGCUUUCUUUGGGAAGCAGCAUAGACGCCCGCUCUUGUUAGGUAAAACGAAGAUAUUUGGUACAGUUUCGCAAA